GCGCUGGGGUGUCUCCAGCCCGGCCUCGCGUCAUGGCGCGCCUAGUCCGCGCUCUCCCGCGUCUGCUCUUCCGAGAGGCGCUCUUGUCGAGCCGAAUCGGCAGCGGCGGCGGGCAAAGCGCGAGGGCCGGAUACCGGGACGCAGGGUCCCCCACAAAGCAUGAGCCUUCUUUCACCAAGAGAGAGUGGCAAAAGGAGCUGACUGCAGAACAGCUCUAUGUCACAAGAGGAAAGGGAACAGAACCGCCUUUCAGUGGGAUCUACCUGAAUAACAAGGAAUCAGGAAUGUAUCACUGUGUGUGUUGUGACAGCCCACUCUUCAGUUCUGAGAAAAAGUACUGCUCUGGCACUGGAUGGCCUUCAUUUUCUGAGGCUCAUGGUACGUGUGGCUCUGAUGAAAGUAACACAGGGAUCCUGAGACGCGUGGACACCUCACUGGGAUGGGUGCGCACAGAGGUUGUCUGCAAGCAGUGUGAAGCUCAUCUUGGCCAUGUGUUUCCUGAUGGACCUGGGCCUGCUGGUCAGAGGUUUUGCAUCAACAGUGUGGCCCUGAAAUUCAAGCCGAAGGGACACUGAUUAUCUCUGAGAACUCUCUUCCCUGGCCACACCUCCAUUUACACUCUCAAUUUUCAUAACUCAUGUGAACAGCUUCUUUUGUUCACUAUCAAACUAGGCUAGGUUUGCUGUUGGUACCAGAAGGUUACAACUUCUCUAAUUUAUUGCCCUGGAAUCAACUCAACCGUGACUCCAUUUUUGACUGUGGAAUUUUGGCAACUGUCUCCACCGAGUUGACUUACGUAGGCUUUGCCUGCCCCCAGAGGGCACAACUCUUAGGGGACAUUAAGAGGUGGAUGGGUAAGCCAGAAACUUCCUACAAAACUACCCUGAAAUUUCCAUUGCGGUUAAAUCCUUCAUGGACAUAUGCAGAUGAGGGAUCAAGUGUAAAGACGAAGGAAAAUACUGGGUGAAUGUAAAUAGCAAUCGCGUCAUUGAGAGAAGCACUGAGGAGUGGGCUGUGGAAGAGCUGUGUUUGGCACAUGGUGAUCGAUGGGAUGCAUGAUUCCUCUUCAAAAUUUUAGAAUCUCUCAAACAUGCUAGUUCUAACCUUCCUACCUGCAAAUCAUGGGAGUUUGUUAGGUUUCAGUGUACUGAAUGAGAGUGACUACAAAGUUAGAGUUUAAAAUGUUCAAGUAAAAUAUUUACUAAAAUGUAUGAUUGCUUUUUGUCUCUGAAUUUGCUCUUUUAUAAAAAUGACUCUAAUCUAAUGCCAAAAAGUAAUUGGGUCAUACGGUAGUAAGCAUUUGGUUAUACCAACACUAAUAGCAACUCAAGUGUUUUCUAAAUUGAAAGUCUUGAAGAAUUUGCAAGUAUUUAAGUCAUAUUCUUUGAGACUUUAUAGGCAGAGGGGAAACUUAAUCCAUUUUUCUCUGUAUUAACUUGUAACACAUAUGUAACUUCAGGUCGCUAUCUUGGAAAUCACGACAUGCAUUCUUAAGUUUUCACAGUCAUAAAAAUUACAACUUUUUUACCUGCAGUGAAACCAAGGGUACAGGAUGGCUUUUUGCAGGGAGAGUUCCUUCUUGCUGUUCUCCGAUCUUCUUCUUAAUUUGUGUGUAUUCCUCUGAGCCAUGUCUUCUGGGGGGCAAUCUAAGGAUCUGAAUACUUGGGUUGGCCGUGACUGGAUUCAGGCAAGGAUGGAGCAGACAAUGUCACACUGCCAUGAACAUACACAUCUUGACCUGAAUCCUAAAGUUGCGCUUGGCUUAAAAACCUAGCUUAAAACGUGACCCUGUGGGCCCUCACACACUUAACAAGGCAUAAACCUCAGCCUCAUGGCUGGUUGACGACUCCUUAGGUGUUCUUCCUGUAGUCACAGGCAUGUGGUCAGGGAUUUUAAGAAACCAGUCCUCAGGAAUAACCUAAGGAUGUUUCUCAAAUGUUAUCCUGACUUGAUUCUGCCCUGGCAUAAGUCGUAAAUAGUGUUAUCCAUCCCCAUGAGGCAAGGGUGACUUGAACAACAUUUUAUUACCAGUGACUUUGAGAUUCCCAGCUCUGUCGACCCACUGACAUUGUGAGGUGUCCCAGGAGACACCACUGGGGCUUCAGGACUCCAGGAAAAGGCCAUUUUCUCAAGACACCAGCAAGUGAGGAAUUCUCCAAAGACUGGAUCGUCUGCACACUUUCUUUCCACAUCUAUCCAAUUUCCAUUCCUCAGACUCUCUGACCUUCCUCUCCUCAUAAAGCUGACGGCCCCCAAGUCUAGUUCUGGGGAGCAGACACUGGAGGCUGGCUUCCUCCGAAGGCCCAGCUAAGAAGCUUCUGUGCAUUUCAUCUGCAAAGGGGGCCUCGCUCAGGGCUGCCUGCCUGCCUGUGCAGGGGGCCUUGGAGCAUAGGACACCCUAAAGCCUGACCUUUAAUCCCCUUCCGUGAGAGUAAUGAACAAAAGAAUAAUUCCUGUGACAUCUAGAUGCUGAUGUGGGGGAAGGGGUGGUAAGUGAUGAGGGCACAGGGAAUAUUUUAGUAAUUGGAGUAUUUGGCUGAUUGGUAACUGUUUACAGCUUGUUUCUUUCUGGUGCGUACCCCUUGAAAUCAUUUUCUUUGUAAAUGUUAAAAGCCGUGGAGAAAAAAACUCCAACCUUGAUUACUCUUCUUUGUACUUCAAUCAGCAGUGUGUCAGUCUCUGAAUAAACUGUAAUUCCUUCA